AUGGAUAAACAUACUAAAGACAAAACUUUGGAACUAGAACCAAACCCAGAGUUCAUUUACGCUUGCACGUGUUUUGAGUCAUCUUUAGAAAAUGUCACAUUAUCAGACCACAAAAAAAGAAUUUUGAAUACAGUGUCUCAAACUGAAAAUUAUUUGCGAGAUCGUCGUAUUCCCGAGUUGAUCAGAUUUCUUUUGUCUAAAGUUCUUGCUGUAGAAUCUAAUAAACCGAUAUUAUAUUUAGAAAAAUUACUCGAUGAUUGUAUGCUAUUUCGAGCAGGCGUUGGACCAGCUCCCGUUUUGUUUGAAGAUAGGCAUCUUGAAGCAUUAGUGAAAAGUUUUGACCCCGGACACCGUGGGUGGUUAACUGCUGGCCAAAUACGUAAAUUGUAUGCAACCUUGGGCCUGUUAAUAAAAGAAGAAUUGCCAGAUAUCUUGCCUUGUGAAACAAUAUUAAACAAUGUCAAAGAAGCUCAAGAAAAUGAAUUGUUUGAUUUGUUAUUAGGAAGACCGACUAAAAACACCAGCGACGAUACACUGGUUUAA